UGAUGCUUGGCUACCACACCCCAGGAUCUCCUUGCCCAGCUCGCCUCCCGUGGCCGUGCAAGCACCGUGAUCCCCGGUGCCGUCGCGGCUCCUGGCUGCCCCGGUGGUGCCGGGCACCCUCGCCCACUGGAGCCCACCCAUCCGGAACCUUCCUUGUCUUGGCCCUGCUGGUGGCUCAGCCCCGAGAUGGGAUGAGGCAAACCACAGAAUUCCCCAAACGGGGAGGUCCGGGGGAGGGGAGAAUCAGUCCCGGCACAGGAAAAGGUCCCGGCGGGAGGCGCGACGGGCAGAGCGGUGCCGGCUGCCCCGACAGCUCGGCCCUAUGAGCUCCGGCUCCUCGCACUCAGCUCCGCUGCCCGCUACUGUCCCUGCCAUCACCCCAUGUUCGGGUCCCGCCGGGCUGGGCUGGUGCGGCGGCUGUGGCGGCAGCGCUGCGUGGCCAACGCCGAGGAUGGCCCCGGCACCCUGAAACCCGCAGCUCACGCCCUCUUCAAGAAGCUGAAGGAGGAGGAACUGGAGCUGCUGGUACAGGCGGUGGAGAGCCGGGGGGCCUGCGAGGCCGGCUGCGUCUGGGUGCCACGGGGGGAGCCCCGGGGGGCCAAGCAGGGGAUGGCCCCCCAGGUCCUGCUCUGCCGCCUCUACCGCUGGCCCGACCUCCGCCAGCCCCACGAGCUCAAGCACCUCUGCUACUGCAUGGGGGGCCGGGGAGGCUGCGGGGAGGGGGCCGUGCUCUGCUGCAACCCCCACCACUUCAGCCGCCUGGCUGCACCCGAGACCCCACCACCCCCUUACUCAAAGGCAACCUGGAAUCCCUCCUGGCCGGAUGAACCCCAGCACCCCAAAACCCAGCUCCUGGAGUUCAGCUACAACGGCGGGGACUGGCGAGAUACCACCAUCUCACGGAGUACCAUUAAGGAUGGCUACUGGUGCAAGCUGGCUUACUGGGAGCACCGGACACGAGUGGGCCGUCUCUACGCCGUGCACGAGGCGUCGGUGAACGUGUUCUGUGAGCUGCCACGGGGCAGCGGGUUCUGCCUGGGCCAGCUCCCUGCUGCCCACCGCAGCCGCGCCGUCCGGCGAGCGCGUGGCAAGAUUGGGAGGGGGCUCCUGCUGAGCCGGGAGCCGGGGGGCGUCUGGGCCUACAACCGCAGCGAGCACCCCAUCUUCGUCAGCUCACCCACCCUGGGCACCCCCAGCACCCGCGGGUUCACUGUCCUCAAGGUGCUGCCCGGCUACUCAGCCAAGGUGUUCGACUACGAGCGGGUUGGGGGUGCAGGAGGGGGGCGGCUCCCUGGGGAGGGUCCCUGUGACCCCCACAGCAUCCGCAUCAGCUUCGCCAAGGGCUGGGGGCCCUGCUACUCCCGGCAGUUCAUCACCUCCUGCCCCUGCUGGCUUGAAGUGCUCCUCAACCGGCCACGUUGAGGGUUUGGGGGAGACCCCUGAGGUGGGUGCAAGGGGUCACAAGUUUUGGGGUCAUUCCACUGCUCCUCCAGUCUUCCGAGGGUGCACUGCAGCAGGGCCAGCCUGGCCCAGGGGACCCUUGCUGGGACACCCCAGCCCAGCCCCAGGGAGGGCCAGUGCCCCCCGUGCCUGGCUCACCACCCUGCCAGCACCCACUGCUGCCAUCCACGGGUCUCUCACUGACCCAGGGCACUAUUUAAUCUCUGUCACUCUUUUUAUUAUUUUUUAAUUAUUAUUUUAAGGGUUAAAUUUAUUUUAAUUUAUCUUAUUUUUGUAAAAAAGCAAAGCAGGAGGCAGGAACCUCCCCCCCGGCACUCUAAGUGGCUGGUGCCAGGUCUGGGGUGGGCAGCCAGGACCGGUUGUGCAGGAGCUGGAGGCCAGGGGGGGGGAGAGAGCCUCAGAGCA